GGUGCUGAACAAGAUGGCUGUGAGUCGGGGAGCGGAGAGCUGAAGAGGAUGAAAUAUACCUGCCCUCCCUCCCCCCAAAUUGAUCCUGACUCAGUGGGUGAGAGGGAAAGGUCAGAUUUUUGUAUUUUUUUUUAAUGUCACAUAGCAGUGACACGCAAUAGCUUAGUUGUGAAGCGGAGCUGAUCACGUCCACCUAUUUAUACAGGCUAUAGAGACAGAUAUCUACUCCGGAUUGAAGCUGGUGGACAUCUGGGAGCGAUCAUAGCAAGAGCUAAGAGAUGUCAUUGCUUUGUGUUGGAGUGAAGAAAGCCAAACUCGAUGGGGCCCAAGAGAAGUUUAACACCUACGUGACGCUGAAAGUGCAGAACGUCAAGAGCACCACCAUCACUGUGCGUGGUGCCCAGCCAUGCUGGGAGCAGGACUUCAUGUUUGAGAUCAACAGGCUGGAUCUGGGGCUGACAGUGGAGGUGUGGAACAAAGGGUUAAUCUGGGACACCAUGGUGGGCACCUUGUGGAUCCCCUUGGAAAACAUCCGCCAGUCUGAUGAGGAGGGGCCGGGGCAGUGGCUGACCUUAGACUCCCAGGUCAUCAUGGCUGAGAAUGAGAUCACAGGCACCAAAGACCCCACCUUCCACCGCGUGCUGCUGGACAGCCGAUUUGAACUGCCAUUAGACAUUCCAGAGGAUGAGGCUCAAUACUGGGCCAAGAAACUGGAGCAGCUCAACUCCAUGAGGGACCAGGGCUAUACAUACCAGGAAGAGGAGAGACCACUUCAAGCACCACCAACACAAUGCUGUAACUGGAGUCUGUGGGGAAACCAGCAAAAUGAGGACCCAGACAGUGCAAUGGACGACAGAGACAGUGACUACCGCAGUGAGACCAGUAACAGCAUCCCCCCUCCCUUCUACACCAUGUCUCAGCCCAACACCUCCAUGCACCAGUACCCCAUCUUGAGAGACCAGCGCUACUCCUCGCACACCUUCUACAACGGCUCCAUCCAAGAGCUGGACUAUGACAACCAUAGAGCCAUCAGUCCUACAGGCAGCAGUCACUAUGCCUCCUCCGGGGAGCUGAGUCAAGGCAGCUCCCAGCUCAGUGAGGGGAACAUGAGGGGAUCUGUGGAGCUCUACGAUGAGGACAACGCCUACCACUCCUGUCACUCCACUGUCAGCUACGGCUGGGAUCCCGACGCGCCCGAGGAGGUGUACAGUGACGAGGGGGGCUACAUCAAAGAUGACGAGGAGGAGGGUGAGCUUUAUGAGCCCGAAGAUGGAGAGGGGGAGUACGACUAUGAGAGAGAGGAGGAGGAGGAGAUGGACAGCACGCUAAGCGAGGAGCUGCACUCCACCCCCUCCCCUACAAGCACUGCUUCCACGCUGGCCGCCAAGGCCUCCAUUGCCAGGCCUCCUCUGGAGAAACAGGCCUCCCUGAGAGAGCAGCAGCCACAUCCCCCCACCCUGGUUCCCUCUUCCCUGGCCCCCACCUCUCAAUCCCACUCAAUGUUCCCUUUCCAGCCCCCUGUCACCACAGCCUCUACCAAGCCUACCUUCACCCCAAUGAUCCAUCCAUCCCUCAUCCAGCCCCCUGCUCCAGAUACCCAGCCCCCUGCCCCAGAUACCCGGCCCCCUGCUCCAGAUACCCAGCCCCCUGCCCCAGACACCCAGCCCCCUGCCCCAGAUACCCAGCCCCCUGCCCCAGAUACCCAGCCCCCUGCUCCAGAUACCCAGCCCCCUGCUCCAGAUACCCAGCGCCCUGCUCCAGAUACCCAGCCCCCUGCUCCAGAUACCCAGUCCCCUGCUCCAGAUACCCAGCCCCCUGCUCCAGAUACCCAGCCCCCUGCCCCAGAUACCCAGCCCCCUGCUCCAGAUACCCAGCGCCCUGCUCCAGAUACCCAGCGCCCUGCUCCAGAUACCCAGCGCCCUGCUCCAGAUACCCAGCGCCCUGCUCCAGAUACCCAGCCUCCGGUGUUUGAUGCCCUGGAUGACAUCCACCUAGACAUCCAAGUGGAGGAGCCUCUGACUUUAGAGGAGGAGGUCCCUGUCGUAGAGAGCCUCCCGGGAGAAGUCCCCCCAGAGAAGACCCCGGUCGUCAGCUAUCAGAGGCCCAUCAUGGAUCCUGGUCCAGACAGGGCUAGGGCCAACUGGCAACGGCUCUGCAGCAAGGUCCGACUACAUCUGCAGCAGGCUCGGGGGGAGUCCGUUGGGAUUUGCUCCCUGUUGCUGUCAGCAGGGGUGGGUGGUGCGCUGUAUAGCAUCGACAGCAUGCCGGACCUCCGCAAGAGGAAAGCCAUGCCUCUGGUCAGGGACCUGGUCAGUUCCCUGGCUCAGAACUCCAGGAAGGCAGGGUUCACAUCAGCUAUGGCGUCCAGCACUCUCAAUAACGAGGAUCUGAAGAGCCAUGUGUACAAGAAGACCCUACAGGCUCUGAUCUACCCCAUCUCCUGCACCACACCCCAUAACUUUGAGGUGUGGACGGCCACGACACCCACCUACUGCUAUGAGUGUGAGGGGCUGCUGUGGGGCAUCGCCCGCCAGGGCAUGAGGUGCACCGAGUGCGGGGUCAAAUGUCACGAUAAGUGCCAGGACCUACUCAAUGCUGACUGCCUGCAAAGGGCAGCGGAAAAGAGUUCUAAGCAUGGGGCAGAGGACAGAACCCAGAACAUCAUCAUGGUUCUAAAAGACAGGAUGAAGAUCCGAGAGAGGAACAAGCCGGAGAUCUUUGAGCUGAUCCAGGAGGUGUUUGCCAUGGUCAAAGUCACUCACGUCACCUACAUGAAGCAGAGCAAACAGAGCGUACUGGACGGCACCUCCAAGUGGUCGGCCAAGAUCAGCAUCACAGUGCUGUGUGCCCAGGGCCUCCAGGCCAAGGAUAAGACAGGCUCCAGUGACCCCUACGUCACGGUCCAGGUGGGCAAGACCAAGAAGAGGACCAAGACCAUCUAUGGAAACCUCAACCCUGUCUGGGAGGAGAACUUCAACUUUGAGUGCCACAACUCCUCGGACCGAAUCAAGGUGCGGGUGUGGGACGAGGAUGAUGACAUCAAGUCUCGGGUGAAGCAGAAGUUCAAAAAGGAGUCAGAUGACUUCCUGGGUCAGACCAUCAUCGAGGUCCGCACGCUGAGCGGGGAGAUGGAUGUCUGGUACAACCUGGACAAGCGUACAGACAAGUCAGCCGUGUCUGGUGCCAUCAGGAUGCACAUCAAUGUAGAGAUCAAAGGAGAGGAAACAGUCGCUCCAUAUCAUGUCCAAUACACCUGUCUGCACGAGAACCUCUUCCACUUUGUCACAGAUGUGCAGAGUUCUGGUGUUGUGAAGAUUCCUGAUGCUAAAGGGGAUGAUGCGUGGAAGGUGUACUUUGAUGAGACUCCUCAGGAGAUAGUGGAUGAGUUUGCCAUGCGCUACGGAGUGGAGUCAAUCUAUCAGGCUAUGACUCACUUUGCCUGCCUGUCGUCUAAGUACAUGUGCCCUGGGGUGCCGGCGGUAAUGAGUACCCUGCUGGCCAACAUCAAUGCAUACUACGCCCACAGCACCCAGGCCACCAAUAGCGUGUCCGCCUCUGACCGUUUCGCCGCAUCCAACUUCGGGAAAGAACGAUUUGUGAAGCUCCUAGACCAACUCCACAACUCCCUUAGGAUUGAUCUGUCCAUGUACCGGAAUAACUUCCCAGCCAGCAGUCCUGAGAGGCUGCAGGACCUCAAGUCUACUGUGGACCUGCUCACCAGCAUCACCUUCUUCAGGAUGAAGGUACAGGAGCUACAGAGUCCCCCCAGAGCCAGUCAGGUGGUGAAGGACUGUGUCAAGGCCUGUCUCAACUCCACCUACGAAUACAUCUUCAACAACUGUCACGAACUCUACAGCCGCGAGUACCAGACAGACCCGGCCAAACUAGGAGUGGUCGUUCCAGAAGAGCAGGGUCCCAGCAUCAAGAACCUGGACUUCUGGUCCAAACUCAUCACCCUCAUCGUGUCCAUCAUAGAGGAAGACAAAAACUCCUACACACCCUGCCUUAACCAGUUUCCUCAGGAGCUCAACGUGGGUAAAAUCAGUGCUGAGGUGAUGUGGAACCUGUUUGCUCAGGAUAUGAAGUACGCCAUGGACGAGCAUAAAAAGAACCGGCUGUGUAAGAGCGCAGAUUACAUGAACCUGCACUUCAAGGUCAAGUGGCUAUACAACGAGUACUGCAGAGACCUGACCUUCUUUAAGAGCCGUGUGCCUGAGUACCCGGCGUGGUUCGAGCCAUUUGUCAUCCAGUGGUUGGACGAGAACGAGGAAGUGUCUCGAGACUUCCUGCAUGGUGCACUGGAGAGGGACAAAAAGGACGGGUUCCAGGUGACUUCGGAGCAUGCUCUGUUCUCCUGCUCCGUGGUGGAUGUCUUCUCUCAGCUCAACCAGAGCUUUGAGAUCAUCCGCAAGCUGGAGUGUCCCGACCCCCAGAUCGUAGGCAACUGCAUGAAACGCUUCGCCAAGACAAUUGGCAAUGUUCUCAUAUCCUACUCGGACAUUAUCUCCAAGUGCUUUGCUAACUACGUCAACAUGGAGAAAGUGCCAUGCAUUCUGAUCAACAACAUCCAGCAGCUCAGAGUUCAACUGGAGAGGAUGUUUGAGGCCAUGGGAGGAAAGGAUCUGUGCAAGGUGGCCAGUGACUUCCUGAAAGACCUGCAGUUGAAGCUCAACACUGUGAUGGAUGAUCUCAGCAGGAUCUUUUCUGUCAGUUUUCAGCCACAGAUUGAAGACAAUGUGAAGCAAAUGGGAGACAUCCUUGGCCAGGUGAAGGGGACCAACGUGGGAGCUAACAACUGCAGCAGUGUGGCCCAGGAUGCUGAUAAAGUUCUGGAGCCUAUCAUGGAUUUCCUGGACAGCAACCUGACGCUGUUUGCGAAGAUCUGUGAAAAGACGGUCCUGAAACGUGUUCUGAAGGAGCUGUGGAAACUGGUGAUGAACACUAUGGAGAGGACCAUCGUCCUGCCCCCUCUCACCGACCAGACGGGAACUCAGCUCAUCUCCAACGCUGCCAAGCAGCUGGGACAGCUCUCCAAGAUAAAGGAGCACAUGGGUCGUGAGGAGGCCAAAGCCCUGUCCCCUAAACAGUGUGCUGUGAUAGAACUGGCCUUGGACACCAUCAAGCAAUACUUCCAUGCUGGAGGGGUGGGUCUGAAAAAGACCUUCCUGGAGAAGAGUCCUGACCUGUUGUCUCUACACUACGCCCUGUCCCUCUACACCCAGGCCACAGACAAACUCAUCAAGACCUUUGUUUCAUCUCAGAUCGCACAAGGCUCUGGUGUGGAAGACGCCGUGGGAGAGGUGUCUAUCCACGUGGAGAUCUUCACCCACCCCAACACUGGAGAGCACAAGGUCACCGUCAAAGUGGUGGCAGCCAAUGACCUGAGGUGGCAGACCACAGGGGUGUUCCGUCCCUUCGUUGAGAUCUACAUCAUUGGUCCUCAUCUAGCUGACAAGAAGAGGAAGUACGCCACCAAAUCCAAGAACAACAGCUACGCCCCCAAAUACAACGAAACGUUCACAUACACCCUCAGUAACGAGGUGGGCACAGAGUGUUACGAGCUGCAGGUGUGUGUGAAGGACUACUGCUUCGCCCGGGAGGACCGGACCGUGGGCAUAGCCGUAAUGCAGUUGAAGGACAUGUCUUCUCGGGGCAGCGUAGCGUGCUGGCUCCCCCUGGGGAAGAGGGUCCACAUGGACGAGACGGGCCUCACCGUCCUCCGCAUCCUGUCCCAGCGCAACAACGACGACGUGGCAAAGGAGUUCGUCAAGCUCAAGUCAGAUCAGCGCUCUCCCGAGGAGGGCCGAGGAUGAGAAGUCUUUAUUCGCUCAGCGCCAUCUACAGGCUAGGAAGUCCUUAUGCGGACUGACUGCAAGCCAAACUACUGCCCUGAUUUUAGUGUUGGUGAAGCACAGAGAAACAGUUCUUUACUAUAGUACUGUUCAUACAUCUUAUUGAAGAGGACAUGUGAUACCAUCUACAGGCAUUGUCCUGAUUGUCUUGAAAGCACCAAUAUCUUUAUUAUGAAUAUAAUGAAUCAUGUAAUUUUGCAUACAUAUAUUCAUAAACACAACAAAGUCACAAAACAGACCAACUUACUGCAACACAUUCACACAAAGAGAGUUUAAAGGGAUAGUUUGGGAUUUUAUCUACUUUCCCAGAGUCAGAUGAACUCGUGGAUACCAUUUGUAUGUCUCUGUGUCCAGUAUGAAGGCAACUAGAGGUAGUUUCACCAGCCAGUACUAAAUAGCUUAGCACAAAGACUUGAAUUCCUCGUGUGGAACUAGUCGAGGAGACAGCGCGAAGAGUUCACGUCUUUGUGCUAACCUAGCGCUAACACUAGUUAGAAGUGGCUUGCGAAAUUACCUCUAACUUCCUUCAUACGGGACGCGGAGACAUAAUGGUAUCCGCUAGUUCAUCUGACUCUUACGAAAGUAGAUGAAGGGCUGCAUUGCCAAAAUCCUGAACUAUCCCUUGAUGGAGUAUAUUGUCUUCCUUUAACUCUCCCUCUCUUCAUUUCUCAUAGCAUGGGCCAUGUCUAUUUGUGCUCUUCCAAUCACACAUUUGAACUAGAUUCUGCCAAUAUUGACUAGUUCCAUGCAUAGGUAUCUAAAUGGUCCUGGAGAUCAAGAUCUUGUAGCCUUGACCUCUUGUCUAUUACUUACUGUAUAUUACCUGCCCUUUCACUUCCUUUAUCUAGACUAGUGCCAAUGGAUCAAUCAAUAACGUUAUGUCAAGUCAAGCCCCAAGCACAAGUUAACAGGACCAACUGUGUACAGCAGACCAUCAGGCUUUUAGGCCUCAUCCAUUCCAAAGAGUAAGGUUUACACCGACUGGUUUAUGAUAGUAUUUCUAUGUGUUUUGGACCUUUCUUAAUUCCCCUGUGGAGUUUUCUAUAGGAGAGCAGGCUGGACUAAAUAUAGAUUGAAAUGUUUAUAUAUAUUAUAUAGAGAGAUAUUAUCGGUCAAUUUAUGAUAUAUUUAAAGACUAUAUGAAGGCUUUGACCUUGAAAAGAGUGUCCCUGUCUGUGUCGCAGUUUACAAGUCUGUUUGUCUACCCUGUUACAGAGCACACUGCCUGAAACCCUCAAAUGCCUUGUCCUGUAAAACCUGUUGUCUGUCUUCAGUACAAAGUGAGAGCAACCAGAUGAAGACAAGCCUCGGAACACUGCGAUUCAUCAGUGUGUGUGUGUGUUUGAGAGAAAGAAUUGAUUGAGUGUGUGUAUAUACUGUUUAUGUGUGUCAUAAUAUUACACCAGUGACAUAAUGUAGACACCAGUGUUCCCUGCUGGUGUAAAUGUGUUAAUCACAGAAAGCCAUUGAGAGGAGAGAGAACACAAUACAGUGGAAGAAUGUGUAUUCUAUAGUAUAUUUUGUUUCUUUGAGAAUUUGCUAAGUGUCUUUGACUUCGGGGACUGAAAGUAAAGCAAUUUUGGGAAGGUUUAUUGCUCGUAAAACAUUACGUGUGUGAACAGAGCUCCAUUCGUUUGCCUUGGAAAACAGCCACCUCCUCUCUCUCCUUCAACCUCUCUGAUCGAUAUGUGUCAGCGUGGAGGAGAGCAUUUAGAGACUAAAGACAGAUACGUUUCUUAACGCUUGCGUUGCCAUAGCAACCUCUUGUCAAAUGAUGAUGUCAGGCCACACGUGACCCCCACGGUCUCUUUCUUCCCCUCUGCUGGGGCAGGCACACAAUGUAGACAUGACCACAUUUACCUAAAAUGGCCUCUUAGCAGGCUGUCUGGUCCUGGUUUUGUGCACACGGGGUCUGUUCACAAGGGCUAUAGUACCAGUCCUGCCCACUCCAGUGAGACUUGCCAGAUGGUGACUGAGAUCGCUUUGUGGGAACAGGACCAGUGUCUAGGGCUGUGUAUGUGAACACUUGCCGUCUUGUUCAUGGCACUCACAUUUAGAAGCAGCACAUGGAAGGCUAUUCAGCACAGGGAACCCUUGGAGGUGUAGUAGCUCAUAUUGUGACCAUGCUGUAUCUAGUGCCAUUCCAGGACCUCCACCUGAAUCCUUUAUUAUUGAUUAAACUGCCUGGAGGAGGUUGAGGCUGCAGAAGAGGAAUGUAUGUAUUCCUGUGAUGUCAUGAUUGGCUUAUAUUAUGUCUGUGAUUGUAAUGACAGGUCUCUCUGAUCUCCCCUCCUCUUCCCUCUACUGCCCACUGUACUGCCCCCUUUCCCUCUACAGCCCACUGGACUGCCCCCUUUCCCUCUACAGCCCACUGUACUGCCUCCCUUCCCUCUACGGCCCACUGUACUGCCUCCCUUCCCUCUACGGCCCACUGUACUGCCCCCCUUCCCUCUACAGCCCACUGUACUGCCUCCCUUCCCUCUACAGCCCACUGUACUGCCACCCUUCCCUCUACGGCCCACUGUACUGCCUCCCCUCUACGGCCCACUGUACUGCCCCCCUUCCCUCUACGGCCCACUGUACUUCCUCCCCUCUACGGACCACUGUACUGCCUCCUCUUCCCUCUACAGGCCACUGUACUGCCUCCCUUCCCUCUACAGGCCACUGUACCGCCUCCCUUCCCUCUACAGCCCACUGUACUGCCUCCCUUCCUUCUACAGCCCACUGUACUGCCCCCCUUCCUUCUACAGCCCACUGUACUGCCUCCCUUCCCUCUACAGCCCACUGUACUGCCUCCCUUCCCUCUACAGCCCACUGUACCGCCUCCCUUCCCUCUACAGCCCACUGUACUGCCUCCCUUCCUUCUACAGCCCACUGUACUGCCCCCCUUCCUUCUACAGCCCACUGUACUGCCCCCCUUCCUUCUACAGCCCACUGUACUGCCUCCCUUCCCUCUACGGCCCACUGUACUGCCACCCUUCCUUCUACAGUCCACUGUACUGCCUCCCUUCCCUCUAAGUUCCACUGUACUGCCUCCCUUCCUUCUACAGCCCACUGUACUGCCUCCCCUCUACGGCCCACUGUACUGCCUCCCUUCCUUCUACAGCCCACUGUACUGCCUCCCUUCCUUCUACAGCCCACUGUACUGCCUCCCUUCCUUCUACAGCCCACUGUACUUCCUCCCUUCCUUCUACAGCCCACUGUACUGCCUCCCUUCCUUCUACAGCCCACUGUACUGCCUCCCUUCCUUCUACAGCCCACUGUACUGCCUGCCUUCCUUCUACAGCCCACUAUCCUGCCUGCCUUCCUUCUACAGCCCACUGUACUGCCUCCCUUCCUUCUACAGCCCACUAUCCUGCCUGCCUUCCUUCUACAGCCCACUGUACUGCCUCCCUUCCUUCUACAGCCCACUGUACUGCCUCCCUUCCUUCUACAGCCCACUACACUCCUUCCCUUCCCCUGGGUUUUGGUUCAUCUGCCCCAGGUAUCAUUUAAACAACAGGAUAUCAGACUCUCUGCAAGUAGCUGUCCUUACCAAUUACACCUUACUCUGAUGGUCCAGCCCCGAAAAGCACAGAUUUUGAUUGUGGUUCGCCUAUUUAAA